CCGGGCUGCAGUGCCUGACGACCCGGCAGGGACCGGGGGUUCCCGUGCCCGGGGCGCACCUGGCGGCGGCGCGACCGGGCCGGACCGCGCGGUCCGAAGCCCGCAGCGGCGGCCGGAGGAUGGCGCAGCAGCAACUCCCUGUGUCGACGGAGACUCGGAAGUUCACCCGGGCGUUGAGCAAGCCCGGCACGGCGGCGGAGCUGCGGCAGAGUGUGUCGGAGGUGGUGCGCGGCUCGGUGCUCCUGGCAAAGCCAAAGCUGAUUGAGCCACUUGACUACGAAAAUGUCAUCGUGCAGAAGAAGACCCAGAUCCUGAAUGACUGUCUGCGGGAGAUGCUCCUCUUCCCUUACGAUGACUUCCAGACGGCCAUCCUGAGGCGGCAGGGGCGCUACGUACGUUCCACGGUCCCUGCAAAUGCAGAGGAGGAAGCACAGAGCCUGUUUGUCACCGAGUGCAUCAAAACCUACAACUCUGACUGGCACCUUGUGACCUAUCACUAUGAAGAUUACUCAGGAGAGUUCCGACAGCUUCCAAACAAAGUGGCCAAGUUGGAUAAACUUCCAGUUCACGUCUAUGAAGUCGAUGAGGAGGCUGACAAAGAUGAGGACGCUGCUUCCCUUGGGUCUCAGAAGGGUGGAAUCACAAAGCACGGCUGGCUGUACAAAGGCAACAUGAACAGUGCCAUCAGCGUGACCAUGAGGUCAUUCAAGAGGCGGUUUUUCCACCUGAUUCAGCUUGGCGAUGGAUCCUAUAAUCUAAACUUUUAUAAAGAUGAGAAGAUCUCCAAGGAGCCGAAAGGGUCCAUAUUCCUGGAUUCCUGCAUGGGCGUGAUCCAGAACAACAGAGUCAGGCGCUUCGCCUUUGAGCUCAAGAUGCAGGACAAAAGCAGUUACCUUCUGGCUGCGGACAGUGAGGCAGAGAUGGAGGAGUGGGUCACAGUCCUCAACAAGAUCCUCCAGCUCAACUUUGAGGCUGCAAUGCAAGAGAAGCGAAAUGGGGACCCUCAUGAAGAUGAUGAACAAAGCAAACUGGAAGGUUCCGGUUCCGGUUUGGACAGCUACCUGCCUGAACUUGCCAAGAGCACCAGAGAAGCAGAAAUCAAACUGAAAAGCGAGAGCAGAGUGAAGCUCUUUUACUUGGACCCAGAUACCCAGAAACUCGACUUCUCAUCUGCUGAACCAGAAGUGAAGCCAUUUGAAGAAAAGUUUGGGAAGAGGAUUCUCGUCAAGUGCAAUGAUUUGUCCUUCAACCUGCAGUGCUGUGUCGCAGAGAACGAGGAAGGACCCACGACAAAUGUGGAGCCUUUCUUUGUCACCCUGUCCCUGUUCGACAUAAAAUACAACCGGAAGAUUUCUGCUGACUUCCACGUGGACCUGAACCACUUCUCAGUGCGGCAGAUGCUGGCCCCUGCAUCCCCAGUGCUGAUGAACGGUGGUCAGAGUCCACCUGCCUUCCAGGAUGCCCUUCAGGCGGCCAUGCAGUAUCCGAAGCAGGGAAUAUUUUCAGUCACGUGUCCUCACCCAGACAUAUUUCUUGUGGCCAGAAUUGAAAAGGUCCUCCAAGGAAGCAUCACGCACUGUGCUGAGCCUUACAUGAAAAGCUCAGACUCUUCUAAGGUCGCUCAGAAGGUGCUGAAGAAUGCCAAGCAGGCAUGUCAAAGACUAGGACAGUACCGAAUGCCGUUUGCUUGGGCAGCAAGGACGUUGUUUAAAGACACAUCUGGAAACCUGGAUAAAAAUGCCAGGUUUUCUGCCAUCUACCGGCAAGACAGCAAUAAGCUCUCAAAUGAGGACAUGCUCAAGCUGCUCGCAGACUUCCGGAAACCUGAGAAGAUGGCCAAACUCCCAGUGAUUUUAGGCAAUCUAGACAUUACAAUCGACAACGUUUCCUGCGACUUCCCUAAUUACCUGAAUUCAUCAUACAUUCCCAUGAGGCAGUUUGAAACCUGCAGUAAGUCUCCGAUCACCUUCGAAGUAGAGGAGUUUGUGCCCUGCAUACCCAAGCACACCCAGCCUUAUACAGUCUACAGCAAUCACCUUUAUGUUUACCCCAAGUACUUGAGAUACGACAGCCAGAAGUCUUUUGCCAAGGCCAGAAACAUUGCAAUCUGCAUUGAGUUCAAGGAUUCCGAUGAAGAAGACUCGCAACCCUUGAAGUGCAUUUACGGCAGACCUGGUGGCCCAGUGUUCACAAGGAGUGCCCUCGCUGCAGUCCUACACCAUCAACAAAGCCCAGAAUUCUACGAUGAGAUCAAGAUAGAGCUGCCCGCCCAGCUGCACGAGAAGCACCAUUUACUGUUCACCUUCUUCCACGUCAGCUGCGACAACUCGACCAAAGGGAGCACGAAGAAGAAGGACGCUGUGGAGACACAGGUUGGCUUCUCCUGGCUUCCUCUCCUGAAAGACGGCAGAGUGUUGACGAAUGAACAGCAUAUCCCUGUCUCCGCCAACCUGCCGUCUGGCUACCUUGGCUACCAGGAGCUCAGCAUGGGCAGGCAUUAUGGUCCAGAAGUUAAGUGGGUGGAAGGAGGCAAGCCAUUGUUGAAAAUCUCCACUCAUCUGGUUUCCACCGUGUACACUCAGGAUCAGCACUUACACAAUUUUUUCCAAUACUGUCAGAAAACGGAAUCUGGAGCCCAAGCCUCAGGGAGUGAACUAGUGAAAUACCUUAAGAGUCUGCAUGCAAUGGAAGGUCACGUGAUGAUCGCCUUCCUGCCGACCAUUUUAAACCAGCUAUUCCGAGUCCUCACCAGAGCCACCCAGGAGGAGGUUGCAGUUAAUGUGACUCGGGUCAUUAUUCAUGUGGUUGCCCAGUGCCAUGAGGAAGGAUUGGAGAGCCACUUGAGGUCAUAUGUUAAGUUUGCCUACAAGGCUGAGCCGUAUAUAGCAUCCGAGUAUAAGACAGUGCACGAGGAACUGACGAAAUCCAUGACCACCAUUCUCAAGCCUUCUGCUGAUUUCCUUACCAGCAACAAACUUCUGAAGUACUCUUGGUUUUUCUUUGAUGUGCUGAUAAAGUCCAUGGCUCAGCAUUUGAUUGAAAAUAACAAAGUGAAGUUACUUCGAAACCAGAGAUUUCCGGCCUCCUACCAUCACGCCGUGGAAACCGUGGUGAACAUGCUGAUGCCGCACAUCACACAGAAGUUUCGAGAUAACCCAGAAGCAUCUAAGAAUGCCAAUCACAGCCUGGCCGUGUUCAUCAAGAGAUGCUUCACCUUCAUGGACAGAGGCUUCGUCUUCAAACAGAUCAACAACUACAUCAGUUGCUUUGCUCCUGGAGACCCCAAGACUCUCUUUGAGUACAAGUUUGAGUUUCUCCGUGUGGUGUGCAACCAUGAACACUAUAUUCCUUUGAACUUGCCGAUGCCAUUUGGGAAAGGAAGAAUUCAGAGAUACCAAGAUCUCCAGCUUGACUACUCUUUAACGGACGAAUUCUGCAGAAACCACUUCUUGGUGGGACUGUUACUAAGGGAGGUGGGUACUGCACUCCAGGAGUUCCGGGAGGUCCGUGUCAUCGCUGUCAGUGUGCUCAAGAACCUUCUGAUCAAGCAUUCUUUUGAUGACAGAUACACUUCAAGGAGUCACCAGGCAAGGAUAGCCACCCUCUACCUGCCUCUGUUUGGUCUGCUUAUUGAAAACGUCCAGCGGAUCAACGUGAGGGAUGUGUCGCCCUUCCCUGUGAACCCGGGCAGUAUCUCGAAGGACGAAGCCCUGGCCGUGCCUACCGGGAAUCCACUCAUGACUCCGCAGAAGGGAAACACACUUGACCACAGCCUGCACAAAGACCUCUUGGGUGCCAUCUCCGGCAUUGCUUCUCCGUAUACAGCUUCAACCCCCAACAUCAACAGUGUGAGAAAUGCCGACUCAAGGGGCUCUCUCAUCAGCACGGACUCGGGGAACAGCCUUCCAGACAGGAACCCCGAGAAGAGCAACUCCCUGGACAAGCAGCAGAGCGGCAUGCUGGGAAAUUCUGUGGUCCGCUGUGACAAACUGGACCAGUCUGAGAUCAAGAGCCUGCUGAUGUGCUUCCUCUACGUGUUGAAGAGCAUGUCUGACGAUGCCCUGUUUACGUACUGGAACAAGGCUUCCACUGCUGAACUGAUGGAUUUCUUUACCAUAUCUGAAGUGUGCCUGCACCAGUUCCAGUACAUGGGGAAGCGCUACAUAGCCAGUGUGAGAAAGAUAUCAAGUGUGCUUGGGAUUUCUGUAGACAAUGGCUACGGCCACUCGGAGGCAGAUGUCGCUCACCAGUCGCUUCUCGAAGCAAACAUCGCCACUGAGGUCUGCCUCACAGCUCUGGACACCCUCUCGCUGUUCACACUGGCUUUUAAGAACCAGCUCCUAGCUGACCAUGGACAUAAUCCACUCAUGAAGAAAGUUUUUGAUGUCUACCUGUGUUUCCUCCAAAAGCAUCAGUCAGAAAUGGCUUUAAAAAAUGUCUUCACUGCCUUAAGGUCAUUAAUUUAUAAGUUCCCCUCAACGUUCUACGAGGGGCGGGCAGACAUGUGCGCAUCUCUGUGCUAUGAGGUUCUCAAGUGCUGUAACUCCAAGCUCAGCUCCAUCCGCACCGAGGCCUCCCAGCUGCUCUACUUCCUGAUGAGGAACAACUUCGACUACACAGGGAAGAAGUCUUUUGUCCGGACACACUUACAGGUCAUCAUCUCUGUCAGCCAGCUGAUCGCAGACGUGGUUGGCAUUGGAGGAACCAGAUUCCAGCAGUCCUUGUCUAUCAUCAACAACUGUGCCAAUAGCGACCGGCUCAUUAAGCACACCAGCUUCUCCUCUGAUGUGAAGGAUUUGACCAAGAGGAUCCGCACAGUCCUGAUGGCCACAGCCCAGAUGAAGGAACAUGAGAACGACCCAGAGAUGCUGGUGGACCUGCAGUACAGCCUGGCCAAGUCCUACGCCAGCACCCCUGAGCUCAGGAAGACAUGGCUGGACAGCAUGGCAAGGAUCCAUGUUAAAAAUGGGGAUCUCUCAGAGGCAGCAAUGUGCUAUGUCCACGUGACAGCUUUGGUAGCGGAAUAUCUCACACGGAAAGGCAUGUUCAGACAGGGGUGCACAGCCUUCAGGGUCAUCACACCAAACAUUGAUGAAGAGGCUUCCAUGAUGGAAGAUGUCGGCAUGCAGGAUGUCCAUUUCAAUGAGGAUGUGCUGAUGGAGCUGCUGGAGCAGUGCGCAGAUGGACUUUGGAAGGCAGAGCGCUACGAGCUGAUUGCUGACAUCUAUAAACUCAUCAUCCCCAUCUAUGAAAAGCGGAGGGACUUUGAGAGACUAGCCCACCUGUAUGACACGCUGCACCGCGCAUACAGCAAAGUGACAGAGGUCAUGCACUCGGGCCGCAGGCUCCUGGGGACCUACUUCCGGGUGGCCUUCUUCGGACAGGGAUUCUUCGAAGAUGAAGACGGGAAGGAAUACAUCUACAAAGAGCCCAAACUCACGCCUCUGUCAGAGAUUUCUCAGAGACUCCUUAAACUUUACUCGGAUAAAUUCGGUUCUGAAAAUGUCAAAAUGAUACAGGAUUCUGGCAAGGUCAACCCGAAGGAUCUGGAUUCCAAGUUUGCUUACAUCCAGGUGACCCAUGUGACCCCGUUCUUUGAUGAAAAGGAGUUACAGGAGAGGAAAACAGAGUUUGAACGAUGUCACAACAUCCGGCGCUUCAUGUUCGAGAUGCCCUUCACCCAGACUGGGAAGAGGCAGGGUGGCGUGGAGGAGCAGUGUAAGCGACGGACCAUCCUGACAGCAAUACACUGCUUCCCCUAUGUAAAGAAGCGGAUCCCUGUCAUGUACCAGCACCACACUGACCUGAACCCCAUUGAGGUGGCCAUCGAUGAAAUGAGCAAGAAAGUGGCCGAGCUCCGCCAGCUGUGUUCCUCAGCUGAAGUGGACAUGAUCAAACUGCAGCUCAAACUGCAGGGCAGUGUGAGCGUCCAGGUCAAUGCUGGCCCGCUAGCAUACGCCCGAGCCUUCCUCGAUGACACCAACACAAAGAGAUACCCUGACAAUAAGGUGAAGCUGCUGAAGGAAGUUUUCAGGCAAUUCGUGGAAGCUUGUGGCCAAGCCUUGGCAGUGAACGAACGUCUGAUUAAAGAGGACCAGCUGGAGUACCAGGAAGAGAUGAAAGCCAACUACAGGGAGAUGGCCAAGGAGCUCUCCGACAUCAUGCGUGAGCAAAUUUGCCCCCUGGAGGAGAAGACAAGCGUGCUACCAAAUUCCCUGCACAUCUUCAACGCCAUCAGUGGGACACCAACAAGCACAGUGGUUCAAGGGUUGACCAGUUCAUCCUCAGUUGUGUGACUUUACCUCAUGAACCACACGUGGGGACAUGCUUUGUCAUGUGCAAACUCAGGACGACUUUCAGAGCUAAUCACUGGUUUUGCCAAGCACAGGAAGAAGCCAUGGGGAAUGGGAGAGAGAAAGAGCCUGGACUGUGAUAUUUAAUAGCAGAUUUUAUAGGAGUUGGGGGAAGGUGCACAUAUUUUUUUAAAUAUCACUGGCAAUGUUUAGUUUUCCUCAUGUCUUAACAGGUGUAUGUGGAUACUCUUGGGCUGCAGUUCAAUUUUAUUCUUCUUACAGUAUAGUAUUAAAAUAAAUGGUCUAAAGGAAAAGAGGGAAAGUAUGCUGGGACACCUGUAGCAGGUGUGCUGGGACACCUGUACCAGCUGUGCUGGGACACCUGUACCAGCUGUGCUGGGACACCUGUAGCAGAUGCAGCAGCACUGAACCUGGGAAUGGGGACUAAGCUGGAAAAAUCUUGAAAAUAUUUUUCUCCCUGUGGCACAUUCAGGUUGAGUACAAGAACUAUUUUUGUGUCUAGUUUUGAAGACUGAAGGGAAUUGACUAUUGAGAUUUUUUACUAGUGAAUGCGGAGACUUAGAGCCUUUAUAUCCAUGCCUUGUGUUGACAACAUGAGCACUUCCGAAGCUGAGUGUGAUGUGAGCCUAAGCCUAGUCAGCAGCAUAGAACCAAAGGCCUGCACUAGCGAACACACCUAUGCUAAAACCUAAAACCCCAUGUACAUAUGUUCUGUUAAUACGGCCUCCUCGCUGAGUCCACGUACUUACUACAUUUCUACACUUUUAAUACAUCAGUGUCCGUGUUAAGUUUAUUAUUCGUGACCCAUUUGUGCUGUUCUCGGUAUAUGCAAAUACAUUGGACUUCACUGUUUAUUCUUGUACAUAAGAAGUGCAAUAUGGAGAUGUAUACAGUCUUUGCUAUGUUAGGUUUAUAAACUGUUUUUAAAAAGAAAUUCAUCCUUUUGCCAAAAUGGUGGAGUAUGUGAUUGGUAAACCCUAAACCCUGUGGUGAGUGGAGGGAUAAUUUAAAGUUUUCACCAUGUUAUAUUUUCUUUUAAGACUUUAAUUUAGUAAUUUUAUAUUUGGGAAAAUAAAGGUUUUUAAUUUAACUGGAAUCACUGCCCUGCUGUAAUUACAUAUCGUGUACCCCAACUGUAUUAAAAAUAACACUGCUGAUUUUCUGGUAAUAAACACUGAAUAUUUUUUGUUUGGCAAUCCCCCCAAAAGGACAGGGUUCCUAGUAGAAAUAACAUUACAUAAUUUUCUCUAAAAUAAAAAUGUGCAGAUGGACACAGUAAGAUGGACGGAGUGUUGGCAGUUGUCGAAGUGGUGGUUGAGUGAGUGGACCCCUGAACACCAGUUCUCUGCUUUUCUGGAAGUUUCCAUGACACAGAUUUGAAAAGGUGGAGCUGGGAGUUUAUGCUCACAGAGGACUCGGGUGACUGUGUAGCUGGCCCAGAGCUGUACCAAUGACUGCCUGGAAACAGGAGAUGCUUCAGUCUGGUUUCCCUCUUUUCAGCUUUGUCAGACCUCACGUCUGUCCUCUCCAUGACUUGCUGCUGAGAGGAGCACUCUGGGAUACAGUAGUUAGUCAUCUCUCCCAGAGAUUCUUAGGCAGCCAUGAUGAUACACCCCACCCUUAUGAAAGGCCACUGUGAUGUGUGGGCCCUAAGGACUGUGCUACGUCUGAAACAUUCUCUGUUAGAGCUGAGGUGAAGCUGGAAAAAGAGACCAGAGAUGGUGACGGGUGUGCUGAUGCCCAGGACAAUCUGCUUCAGACUCAGAGCUUCAGGAAUGGCUUCGUUUAGGUUCCUCCGAGUCUCUGACACACCAGCCCCAUGCCAUAAGCCUCAGCUCAAACACCGUCACAAGUAGGUUUAGAGCCUUGUCAUUGAGCUGGAUUUACUAGUCAUAAACCCCUCAUUUCGGAGUCAUAAAAUUCAAGUCAUGAGAGGUAAACGAAAGCCUAGAAAGAGUCCCUGGAAGAUGAGGUUGUUUGGAAGGUGGCCAACCCUCACUCACUGCACGAGUAGAGAAAGGCGCCCUCUCUGUGAUGGCCAUGAGCUAGACGGACACCCUGUAUAGCUGAGGACAAGCCAGAGGCAUUCGGGUAUAGAAAGGGAGUCGCCUUCAGUCACUACAGCACAGAGGUAAGGAGCAGUGGGGAAGGUUAAGGAGAUUUCAGAGAGUUCAUACAAAGUAGUUUUAAUUUUCAUAUAAGGUGACACGUCGGGGCGGGGGAGACGCUCAUGGUAUGUACACUGUAAGUCUGACAGUCUAAGUCCAGCCCCUCAGAGCCCACAUAAAGGUGAAAAGAGAGAAUGCCACGGGUUAUUUCCAACCCCCAUACACAUAUAGUGACGGUAACUUAAAAAUUAUAAAAUAGUGCUUUCUUAGGGAAACUGUUGCUAAUUAGUAGUACAUUUUAGAGUGUUUACAUAGAUUGUAGUGUUUUUAAUCGAUGGAAAAGUAUACAUGACAGAAUCUGGCUUUCUGAUAACUCACACGUACGGUCAGCGAUAGGACGUUCAUGUUACCCGACCUUUGCCACGUCCAUCUUCACGUCUGUUUCGUCUUCCCAAACAGAAACCAUAUAAUUAUCCAGGGAGCAACAGCUUCUUAGUUCCCCUCUGAGAAUACUGAUUUUUUUAAGUAACUAACUGCAGGAUUAAAACUCUAGGUAGGUCCUUGCUAGGGACACUCGCUGCCUGGGAAUUAAAUGGUAUAUACAGACUUCUACGUGGAAAGAAUGGCUGUGUGUAGCCAGCCCAGGCUGAAGGAGAACCCACGGGUAACAAAAAGAUAACCGUGGGUAAUGGUUUACUCAAGGGGAAGCUCUUAAGUGGAGAAGCAGACUCAGGAAAAUAGUGAGUGUAAGGUUAGCCUGGGCUACACACAUCUGAUUGCCUUAAUGGGGGAUCUUUAAAUGAGGCAUGGUAUAGUGUUUAAAAAAAAGUCCCUAGUCACAGAGAGUAGAUUGGUCUAGAUGGUGAACAUGUAUAUCAAAAGUCUACACACGUUUAAUGUAUAUAAUCUGAGUCAGAUGGGAAUAAAUACAUUCAAGGCUU